GGCUCUAAUUUUCGGCACCAGAAUUGUUAAUUGUUGUUUGUUGUUUAAUUACUUUUUUUUUCUUAAUUCAGUUAACUAAACCUUUGGACUAAUUUUUAUUUCUCUAAUAAAUUGUGUAACAAUGGAUUCACUUGGUGACCAUUAUAAGGUUUUAUCAUCUUUACUGAAUAAUGUAACAUUGGUUGAUUCAAUUGCGAAAAGUAAAAUACUUAUUGUUGGUAGUGGUGGAAUUGGUGUUGAGAUUAUAAAGAAUGUUGUUCUUUUGGGUUUCACCCAGUUAACUUUAAUUGAUUUAGAUACAAUUGAGAUUUCAAAUCUUAACCGACAAUUUCUUUUCAAUAAGAAUCAUGUUGGUAAAUCUAAAUCUUUGGUUGCUGCCGGUGUUUCUAAAGCCAAUUUUGCCUUCCAUUCAAAUUUAAACAUCACUGCUCUUCAUAAUUCAAUUAUGUCUCCUGAAUAUGAUGUUGACUUUUUCAAAAGCUUUAAGGUGGUGGUCAAUGCACUGGACAAUAGAGCAGCUAGAAGUCAUGUUAACAGGAUGUGUUUAGCAGCUAAUGUACCUCUUAUCGAAUCAGGUUCAGAAGGUUACAUGGGUCAGGUAACAUUAAUUAAACGUGAUGUCAGCGCUUGUUACGAGUGUGAUGGACCAAGACAAGAGCAGAAAACUUUUGCCUCUUGUACUAUUCGUAAUACACCUUCCCUUCCUAUCCACUGUAUUGUCUGGGGAAAACAUUUAUUCGCUCAACUAUUUGGUGAAGAAGAUGCUGACAAUGAUGUUAGUCCUGACAUGAAUGAUCCUGAAUUAGGUAUGACAAGUAAUAGUAAUUCAAAUGAAUCAACUACCGAGAAAAAACCUUCAACUCGAGAAUGGGCAACAUCCAACAACUAUGAUUCUAAAUUAUUAUUUGACAAGCUAUUUAAAGUUGACAUAGAAUAUCUACUUAAAAUGAGUAAACUCUGGGAGAAUCGCAGUUUAACUACCACAAAUGGUGAUGUUCCAGUUAAUGGUGAAAGUUUAAAAGAUCAAAAAAUUUGGUCACUUACAGAGUGUUACGAGAAAUUUGACAAAAGUAUUUCAAUAUUAAAGAAAAGGUUAAGUUCUGAGGGAUACCUAGUCUGGGAUAAAGAUGACGAUGAAGCAUUAGACUUUGUAACCAGUGUGGCUAACCUUAGAUCUCAUUGUUUUGGUAUUGAAAGAAAAUCACGUUUCGAUGUAAAAUCAAUGGCUGGAAAUAUUAUUCCCGCUAUAUCAUCAACUAAUUCAAUUGUUGGUGGAUUAAUUACCUUACAACUUGUUCACCUUAUUCGUAAAAUGGAUCAAGUAAAUGACCCAAGUGACCAAAAAGAAAUCGACCAAAAAUGUAAAGAAGCUUGUAAAUGUAUUUAUCUUCGCAAAGUAGGACUCAAUGCUCGGAAUCUUAUCUCAGCCUAUGAACUAUUUGAACCUAAUCCAAAUUGUUUGGUUUGUAACACCGGUCGAAUACCUGAGAUUGAAUUGACCCUUGAUCUGAAUGAAACAACAAUGAAUGAUUUCUUGGAACAGAUAAUUAUCAAAGUGUUUAACUUUGUCUGUCCUGAUGUUCAAAUUGAAGGUCAACCAACGAUCAUUUGGAGCGCUGAAGAUGCAGAUGAUGAAGAUAAAGCCGAAUCUAAAAGGAAACCCCUGAACAAAUAUGCCCAAGUUCACCAUAAACAAAGACUUCGUGUAUACGAUUUGUUACAAAAUCAUUCAAUUAUAAUUAACCUUUUAGAUGGUAAAAUUGAUAAAGCAGAAAACGGUGAACGUUUUUACAAAAUGAAAAUAAUUAACGAAGGAAAAACAAAUAAUGGUACCAUAGAAAAGGAAGAUGAUGAUAAAAAUGAAGAAAUGAUUACAGACAAUGGAGCAGAAAAUGGUAACUCAGCAGUUGAAUUAAUUUGUGACAAUGGAAACGACGUCGAUGAUGAUGAGGGUGAUAUUUGUAUCGUGGAUCCAAGUCCAAAUGAGAAACGUAAAUUAGAUGUUGAGACUGAUGAUAUAAUUGAAGUACCUGGUGCUAAGAAAAAAUUGAAAGUUUAAAUACUCAUUGGUCACCCCAAUCGAAGCUUCAAUUGUCCACUAUUCAUUAAUUACAAACAAAACAAAAACAUUUCUCCAAUUCCUUUUGGCACUUGGUAUAUAAACACCUCGAUUCAUGUACAUGAACUUUGCAUUUCUCACUCCAAGCAAAUUAGAUUCUCGUUGCUCAUCAUUUUUUUUCCUUGUGAUGAAAAUUUGUCUGAAAAAAUGAAAGAAAAAGCAAAAAUUGCAUAACAAUUAAGUUUCUAAGUGUAACAAUUACCAGGCAAAGUUCCCAAUUAUCAUUUUCUCCUCUCUAUCUCUCUUCCUAUUUCAAACCAAACAUUUACUCUCAUCUCAUUACAACCAUUCACAAUCAAUUAAUUACCUCUCAGGCAAAUUUGUAAUUCCAAUAUUUUUGCUCUAAUUCAUUUGAAACUUUGUAAUUCUCUCUCUCUUUCUCUCUCUGUUAAAAUACAAAUUCACCUACAAACUCAAUGUAAUACAAAAUUUAUAUUACACAUUCUCUGUCAAAAAAAGGCAAUUUUUUCGCAAAUAAAUUGUUUAAUCUGUUUCGAUAAUCAACCAAA